GUUAUAGAGGCAUAGCAAUUCACAUUCAUUUCAUUAUUAUCAAUAUUAUAUACUCAUGGAUAAACAACUAUUCAUUACUCCGGCAACUGUUCACCGGAGCUCCGAUGAAGUCAGUUUUGCCGACACUGUUUUUGGAUUUUGGGAGGAAUUCCAAGACUCAUCGGAAAAUUCAUCCAACUCCGGCAAUGAUGAGGCAAACGAAGAUAAUUCCGAAGAAGAUGAUAGUAUUUAUACUGUGGAAAAAGAUAAGGCUUUUUGGGAAGAACAAGAUCAACUUCUCAAGGCAACUUUGUGCAGAAGUAGCUCAAGUGAGGCAAAGGUUAGGCAAGCUACAAAGGAGAUCAUGAGAGAAUCAAACAUGUCUGAGAUGCUAUGCUUGUGCCGGCAACCGGUGGUGGCAGUUAAGAGUUGCCGGAGUUGUUUGCUUAGAGAAAUUUGUGACCGAUUAUCGAAUCUCGGUUAUAAUUCCGCAAUUUACAAAUCUAAAUGGAGUAAUUCAUCAGAGAUUCCAUCAGGGGAACAUACAUAUUUGGAAGUGACUGAAAAUUCAUCAAAUUCUAAAAGAGGUGUGAUAAAAGUGAUUAUUGAGAUGAACUUUAGAGGUGAAUUUGAGAUGGCGCGUGGUAACGAAGAAUACAAUCAAUUAGUGAAGCGAUUACCGGAAGUAUUUGUUGGAAAAUCAGAGAGAUUAAGAGUAUUGGUAAAGAUAAUGUGUUCAGCAGCUAAAAAAUGUAUGAAGGAGAAGAAAUUGCAUUUAGCUCCAUGGAGGAAGCAAAAGUAUAUGCAAGCUAAGUGGGUUGGAAAAUGUGAUAGAUCAGUUUUGGAACCGUUGCCUAAAGUAUAUGAAACUAGGCCAACAAGACCUAAGGCUUCAUUGCUCACAUGUGAUUUGCUGCUAGAAAACAUUGCAAGACGCAAUUGUACGGCAGUUGAGGUUAUUUGAAUGAGUAUAUGUUUAGUAUUAUGAUGAAUUUGUUAAAAUUACAAAAUCUAUUGUAGUUUUGAUAAAUUUGAUGUGAUAUUGAACAUAUUAUGAGAUGUUUUUUGUCUUUUGUUUUGAAGAGAUUUGAACGAAGUUUUGAAAAAUCGUGUUUUGUUUUUGUAAUGAUAUACUAGCUAUGUGACUAGGAUCAAUUAUUGUAAAAAGUUUAGUCAGUUAAUAUAUUUGGUGUUAAUAUAAGAAGGAACUAUAGUUUCUUCUAUGUAUUUCAUUUCUACUAGUUUAAA